AUGAAGACGGGCGAGGAUGUAAUUGCUUAUUUCGCCAAGAACGGGACGAACACCACGAUCAAGUUCGUAUACUGUUGCCGUAGGCAGACGGAUUCGAGCCUGGAAUUCAGGCCGUACGACUUGGAUGUCAUGCAUGACAUGAUGGAAAGCAGCAACGCACCUCCCAGCAAGCUUGGAGAGCACUUCACCAUCUCCAACACCGGCGUCGUGUACGUGUGCCCUGGCCGGCAGAGCGAGUACAUGUCGUUGGGCGACUGGAUGCGGCAUUGCCUCAUGUACAGCGUGCUGACUUCGAUGAACUUUUUCAAGCUCUACCUCCACAGGAAGGUCAUGGAGCAGUGGCGCGCGAACGCGCGCCACGCGGUCUACGUCAAGGAGCGUGGGCAGCUGAGCCGCCGCCUCUUCCUGGCCAAGCCCCUCUUCGUUGGCCCGCUCAUGCGCCUCCACGCCGCGAAGAGCGACAUGGAGCUGGUCAAGGUAAUGGGCAUCCAGCCGAAGGUCUACGAGAUAGACGAGUUCCAGAAGGAGCAGCAGCAGGCUUGGUCCAACACCAGUUCCGGCGCGAGCGUCGAGUUUCAGAAGCUGCAUGACAGCGUCACGGACGUCAUCAACCGGCUCGUCAAUUCCGUGAGGCAGGUCACUGAAGACUCCGACCAGGUCGACGAGAAGGCCAAGUUGCGGCCGCGCUUGAAGUCUAUGAUGGCCGAGAAAAAGGAGGCCCGGGACAACAAGCACAGGCAGCACGUUGCAGAGCACGAUCAGGGGAUGCUAGGAGAUUGCGUCCGCCUCGUUGACUACAUGUUCCAGGCUAGCCUCGUUCAGGUGGUGAUCAACGCGUCUCAGGAGUUCUUCCGCCGCCUUGAGACCUCGAGGGAGGGCUCCAACAAGAACAAAAUGUUCUCCAUAUCCGUCUCCUUCGGCGAGAAGGACAUGGUCCUUGAGCCCAGCCGUCAGCAGUUCGAAGAGAUGCUGACAGCAGUCUGGCGAGGGACCGUCCAUGUUGUCAACAACGUGCCAUCGUUCCGCGUGCGGGCCCUCGACACGCAUGUGACCACGCGCAACCAGCAGACUGUUGAGAGCAUCCUGAUGAGCAAUCGCCAUUUUAAUUACUUCCAGUCUGAAAUCCGGGACCGUGUCUUCAGUGACAUCAAAGCGGCGCAGAGGCUGGCCAAUGACCAGUUCAGGCAGUACAGGAAGAUCCACGACUACGGGCGGACCUGGAACGAGGACGAGUACGUUUCGAGAGGCCGCCAGCAGGAGGAGCUCAUCCUGGACAUGUCGCUGAUGAAGGAGUUCCAGGAGCUGGUCGACGUCAUCAGGCCAAACGCGCCCGUCGGCAGCAUCCUCCUGGACAACAAGCAGCUCAAGAGCAGCCUCGUGCCCGUUCCCGAGCGCGGCCUGUCCACGAUGAAGAAGGCGCUCAUCGACAUAGCCGCGAAGAAGUGUCGGGAGGCGGAGGCGAAGUACGGCAAGGCCAACAAGGAGCUGGACGAACGGCCCACCAAGUUGAAUGCCUUCGCCGAGUACGUGAGGCAGUGCAACGAGAUCCGCGAGCAGAUGACUGAUAUGGAGGACACCAAGGACGAGGUGGACUCCAUGUAUCAGCAGCUGAAGCAGUACAACAUGCGCGUCUCUGGUGACGACCAGACGGCCCUGGAGACUCUGCACUACAAGGCGAGGGAGUUCAACGAGAAGAAGAUGAUGGAGUCUGUGGCCUUCAUUAAGGAUAAGCGCGAGGGCAUGGUCGACACGCUGUUCAAGGUGUCCAUGAAUAUCGAGGACGAGUCGCGUGAGCUCGGGUUCCAGCUGAAGAAGGGGCAGUUCAUCUCCGAGGAGGCCAUCUCCGCCUCUGAUAGCGUGCUGGAGGAGCUUGGGAAGUUGGAGCAGGUCCUCUUGGCCCUCGAAGAGAAGGCCAACACCUUCAGCGAGUAUCAGAAGCUCUUCGGCCAGCCCGGCACGGUCGAGUUCCCAGAGGUUGAGAGCACAAAGAAGUUGUUGGCCGACAAGUUGAAGCUUUGGAACUUGGUUCACGAGUGGACGGAGACCAAGAACAAUUGGACCAAAAAUGAGAUCGCCAAGUUGAACGUCGAUCAAAUGAACAAGCAGGUCACCGAGUACGCCAAGACGGCCUUCCAGCUGACCCGUUCCCUUCCCAACGACGAGGUGGCCACGGCGGUCAAGAAGAUGAUUGACGAGUGGAAGGUAGAUAUGCCCUGCAUCAUGGACCUGGGCAACCCAGCCAUCCAGGAGCGACACAGGCUGAAGAUUAAGCAAGCCAUCAAUAUGCAGGCCCAGUCCUUCACCCUGUUCUCACUCAUGAAGUCCAAAGUCUUCCAGCACAAGGAGGCGAUCGCCGAGAUCAGCGGCACCGCGAGCGGCGAGCUCGCCCUGGAGCAGCAGCUGGAAAAGAUCGAGAAGUCCUGGGAGGACCUGCCGCUGCCUGUGAUGAACCACCGCAACAACCGCCAGCUCUGGAUCCUCGCAGACGUCGGCGACAUCAUCACCCAGCUGGAAGACCACACGGUGCAGAUUCAGACGAUGAUGGGGUCCCGCUACGUUACCGACAUUCGCGAGAGCGUGGAGAGGUGGGGUGAGGAGAUCCGGCUCGCGUCCGACAUCAUCGACGAGUGGCUCCAGGUGCAGCGGUCGUGGAUGUACUUGGAGAGCAUCUUCUCUGCCGAGGACAUCCAACGGCAACUUCCCCAGGAGUCCACCAAGUUCAAGGGCGUGGACAAAUUCUGGAGAGACGUCCUGAAGAAGGUGCGGCAGUCGUGCCGGACGGCGAUGGACGCCUUCAAGAUCUCGAAUCUGUUGCGGGACCUGAGGAACGCGAACGAUACGUUGGAACAGAUCCAGAAGAGCCUGGAAGCGUACUUGGAGACGAAACGAGCUGCCUUCCCGCGAUUCUAUCCGGCACGGUGGGGGAUUUCCUGUCCGACGACGAACUGCUGA